AUGACUAAUGGACUCUCAAACCCUCGAAAUCAUGCUUCUAGCUCGAGUGCAUCUACUAAAGCUGAAAAACGAAAAGAGUAUCAAAAAAGAUACUAUGCUGCACGCAAAGAAAAUAACAAAGUAUCUAAAUUUGGGAGUGGUGAUGCCCCCCAAAGUGCUUCAUCAAUAUCUUUAAUGAAUAAUAGGUCAACAGAAAGGACACCGUUAAGAAGUUUACAAACUAAUAUUACUCAAUUUCUACAAACAACAAAUGAGAACGCCUCAAGUGUUUCUACUACAAAAUGCAAGGAGUACAAUGAAGGAUGUUCUAAUACACCAAACAAUAAUGGAAUGCGUAUUUCAAAUGGCAGUCAAGUCAACCAAACCCCGAUAGAUGAUGUAAUUGACGUAGUCAGGCGUAGAACAUCACGAGGUAUUCAAAUUCAUCCGCGUACUUUAUUACCCCAAUUUGCUGAAGUAGUUGAUCAACCUUCCCUCCAACAUGGGAGCGUAGAAGAUGAUCCUUAUAAUUUUGUUUACAAUGGUGUACCUGGAGAGCAUCGUGUUUUAAAGGAACGAGGCGCAUGUCCUAAUUGUGGAGCAAAACGAUUUCAAUUUGAAUUUGAUACCUUUUGUUGUAUGAGUGGGAAAACCGUGUUAGCAAACUUAGAAAUUCCAGAGGAAUUGUACCGACUUUUCACGUCUCAAGAUGAAAUUGGAGAUUUGUUUAGGCAAAACAUCCGUGCUUAUAACACCAAUUUUUCUUUUGCCUCAAUGGGUGUGACAUUGGAUGAUACAUUGAACAAUAUGAGAGACGGCGUUGCUGGUAUUUGGGUUGAAGGUAAUGACAAUAUCACUUCGUAUAAACGAAGUAUUGUAGUGUACGGUAGGUCUGAAUAUAGACAAACUAUUCAGCCGUACUUCAGUUGUUACGAUCCAUUGUCGUAUCCUUUAUUUUUUCCUAAUGGUGAGUCGGGUUGGCAUGCUAACAUACCACGUCAAGGAGUAUCAAUCAAUGAGGUUCGCAACAAUGACAACAUCGAAGGAGAAAUGGAAGAGGCUAACACACGAAGUGGUAGAACAACCGUGGCUAUGCGAGAGUACUACUGUUACAAGUUCCAGAUUCGAUCUACCGAUAAUGUGCUUUUGUUCGGUGGUAGGCUGCUACAGCAGUUUGUGGUUGAUGUUUACAUCAAAAUUGAGACGUCACGCUUAGAAUUUUGUGAGAGAAACCAGGAAAAAAUUCGAGCCGAAUUGUACCAAGGUAUUGUGGAUUGCGUCAAUACUGGCGAGGUUCAUGCAAACAGAGUCGGGAAAAGAAUUGUGUUGCCUGCAUCUUUCAUCGGGGGGCCUCGCGACAUGCGACGUCGGUUUCUAGAUGCGAUGACGUUAGUUCAAGACGACGGCAAGCCUGAUGUAUUCCUUACAAUGACAUGUAAUCCUAAGUGGCCUGAGAUAUGUGAUAACUUACAUGUUGGUCAAACUGCUACAGAUCGUCCAGACCUUGUUUCAAGAGUGUUCCGGGCUAAAUUAGAAGAUCUUAAGGAUCAACUCUUCAAGAAACAUGUCCUCGGGGAAGUUAAGUCAUACGUCUAUGUCAUUGAAUUUCAAAAGCGGGGUUUGCCGCACGCACAUUUUCUCCUAAUCAUGUACCCGCAACACAAGAUCAAUAACGCGGACCAUUAUGAUAAGGUUGUGUGUGCUGAAAUUCCUAACAAACUAACACAUCCCAGAUUGCAUGAGAUGGUUGUCAAGCACAUGAUUCACGGUCCUUGCGGCAAUUUACGAUCAAGCAGUCCUUGUAUGCAGGGUGAUCCUAAAAUUUGUCGUUUUCACUAUCCUAGACAAUUUAACGAACAGACGACACAAGGAGAAGAUUCGUAUCCGUUGUAUCGAAGGAGAGACACCGGGAUAGAAGUGGACCUACGAGGACAAACACUUGAUAAUAGAUGGGUGGUCCCAUAUAACCCAAGGCUUUUGAUGAUGUUUAACUGCCACAUGAAUGUUGAAGUUUGCUCAAGUAUAAAAUCUGUGAAAUAUCUUUUCAAGUAUGUUUAUAAAGGACAUGACAAACAGGUUAUUCAAGUCGAUCAAAGUGAGCCAGGGGUUGUUAUUAAUGAGAUAAAAAGAUAUCAAGAUGCACGCUACAUAUCGCCCCCAGAGGCUAUGUGGCGAAUUUUUUCCUUCUCUCUUUCUCAAAUCUUUCCUGCUGUUCUAGCCUUACAACUUCAUCUCCCAAAUAAUCAGAUGGUUAGAUUUAGAGAUGAUGACUUGAUGCCUAAUAUUGUUGAUAGGGAAAGGGAUAAGAGAACCAUGCUAACAGCAUUUUUUGAUCAGAAUAGAAACGAUGAAACAGCAAGGGUACAUUUGUAUAAAGAUUUUCCAAAACACUAUACUUGGAAUGGAAGCACACGCCGUUGGAGUCGUCGUUUCGGUAAAAAACAAAGAGGUCGUAUCGUUUCCGCUAAUCCAGCCGAAGGAGAAAGGUACUACUUACGCCUACUUUUGUCAAAUGUCAGAGGGCCUACUUCUUUCGAACAUCUUUGCACAGUUAAUGGUCAACGGUGUGCGACAUUUCGGAAAGCAGCUCUUGAGUUAGGCUUAAUAGAAGACGAUGAAUAUCUAUCACAAUGUCUCGAAGAAGCCUCUACGUUUCAGUUUCCCAAUGCUCUUAGAAGGUUAUUUGCGACCAUAAUGAUUUUUUGCCAACCUGGAGAUGUUCGAAAGUUAUGGAAUGACCACUUUGAUUCACUAUCUGAAGAUCAUCGGUUACACUGUCAAAGUAUAGAACGAGUUCAAAAUAUGGUUCUUACCGAAAUAAGUGUCUUGGUACAAUCCAUGGGUAAAAAUUUCAAUGAAUUCGACCUUCCUAAGAUAACUGACGAUGUUAACUUACAAGAUGCAGGUUAUCGUGAGUUACAAGAAGAGUAUGGGAUUGUUUUGGAACCUGAACACUUGAGUGCCAAACAUUCACUUAAUCCGGACCAAAAAAAUGUGUUUGAUGAGAUCAUGAUGCAUGUUGAUAAUGAUCUUCCAGGCGUGUUCUUUAUUGAUGGUCCAGGUGGAACUGGAAAAACAUUUUUGUACAUUGCCUUGCUUGCUGAAAUUCGGUCACGUGGUCUUAUUGCUCUCGUAACAGCUUCAUCAGGUGCAGCGGCUAAUAAUAUGCCAGGAGGUAGAACGGCUCACUCGAGAUUCAAGAUUCCUCUUAAUCUUGAAAAUAAUUCAAUGUGCAAUAUUAAAAAACAGAGUGGGGCCGCUAAACUGAUUCGCUCUGCCAAAAUAAUCAUAUGGGAUGAAGCGUCGAUGGCUAAACGACAAGCGAUAGAGGCAGUCGAUCGUACAUUCCAAGACAUUAUAGGUGUUAGUCUCCCAUUUGGUGGAAAGAUAAUGGUUAUGGGAGGUGACUUCAGACAGGUGUUGCCGGUUAUCAAACGUGGCACUCGAGCACAGAUUGUAGACUCCAGCGUACGAAUGUCACCUCUUUGGUCUUUGACUAAGAAGAUGCGGUUGACCAUAAAUAUGAGAGCGCUGAAAGAUCCAUGGUUUUCUAAAUUUCUUUUAAGAGUCGGCGAUGGAACUGAAGAACCAAUCGAAGGAAACUAUAUCCGCAUGCCCGAUGACAUGACAAUUCAGUGCAACAACAGAGAAAACGCUAUAAAAGAAUUGAUCCAUGCCAUCUUUCCAUCAAUUGAAGAUAAUGUAUAUUCUUCAGAUUAUAUAAUCUCUAGAGCAAUAUUGUCCACUAAAAAUGAUAGUGUUGACGAGAUUAAUAAUCAAAUGAUUGAAAUUUUUCAAGGGGAGGAAAAAGUUUAUUACAGUUUUGAUGAAGCUGAAGACGAUCAGCGCAACUUCUAUCCGGUCGAGUUCUUAAAUUCGCUAAAUUCGGUCAACAUGCCGGAAAAAGAGUUUUUUUGCCAAGAAUCCCUCUAA